AUGUCCGAGCGGAUGAAGAGAGAGCUCGAAGAGAAACGAGCAAGAGUAGCUGAGCUGCGAAGAGCGAGAGAGGAAAGGAAAGCUCAAUUGGCUCAAGCUAGUUCUCAAGGGAAUGUAGAGCCACUCACAACUUCUCGAAAAGAUGUGAACGACCUAGUCGACUCCUUACUCGCCAGACCCUCGACUCCCAUUACAGCACCCAGACAGUCUUCAUAUGUCUCUGCUUCGUCCCAAGCAACUCCAAGUAGGAGAACUACUCGAGCCACCCCCGAGGAAAGUCUGCCAGGUACGCCAGGAGGAAGAGCGAGUAGGUUGAGUAAUGAAGGAAGUAUAGGCAGAGCUAGUGUGACAGGUGCUAUCACAUCGAGCCAAGGGGUGGUAGAUCUUGACAUGAUGGGAUCACCUUACCCAGCUGUAGCGGUAGAUAUGGUUGACAUGCAGCAGGAGUUAUAUGAAUUACCAUCGAAAGUAGUCAAGCCAGUAACAUAUUCCAAAGCUAUCCAAACAUCAGUGACCAUAUCCACCUCCACAUCCGAUUUAGAAUCAGAGGACGAAUCAGGGGAUGAGAGCGGUACGACCCGUCGGCGAAGGAGGAGAGCAGACGGUGAAAGUGGUAGAGAGACGGAAGAAGAGAUGCGAAAGAGGAUAUUGCAAGAGCUGGAAGAGGAAAGAAAGGCCUUGGAGAGGGAAUUAAAGGGGUUGAAAGAAAAGGGAGAAGAGAUGAAAUUGAAUGCUCUAUCGGACGAGCAAAGACAAGCUAUCUUCGCAGCUCCGGAUUUCAGCGCUUUCAUAGAAGAAUCUACCAAGAUUGUUCAGAGAGCUUUGAGUGAUGGUUAUGACUAUAUCAGGGAUUACACAAUCGGCAUAGAAGGUGCAUUUGACGAGUCCGAAGGCAAGAAAGUGGAAUUGUUUUGUGCUUUCUCAGAUGACAGAUGGACAAAGGGUAGAUCAGUAACGGAUCUAGAUUGGUCGCCCAAAUUCCCCGAAUUAGUGGCUGCGUCAUAUAACAAAAAUCCUACCGCUGUCAAUGAUCCGGAUGGUAUAGUAGCAGUAUGGAAUUUGCAUUUAUUGGAACGACCUGAAUUUGUCUUCCACUCUCCUUCUGAUGUACUUUCCGUCACUUUCUCCCCAUAUCACCCUACUCUCAUAUUCGGCGGUUCAUACUCCGGUCAAGUGUUACUAUGGGAUACAAGAGCCAAGCACCUGCCAGUACUGAAAACUCCCUUAUCAUCGAGUGGACAUACAUAUCCGAUAUACGGAAUGAAGAUGGUCGGUACUCAGAAUGCCAACAAUUUGAUAUCGACGAGUACGGACGGUUUAGUAUGUAGUUGGUUGAGUGAUAUGCUGGCUCAGCCGCAGGAAACACUCCCACUUACUGUUCCAUCACAUAACAAGACCGAUGAAGUGUCAAUAACAUGCCUUGAUUUCCCCGAUAACGAAACAUCUACAUUCUGGAUAGGUACAGAGGAAGGAUCGAUCUAUCAGGCCAAUCGAUAUGAUCGGGCUUCAUCAAAGGCAGGACUCAAUACCGAUGACGUCUAUCGUGGACAUGCCGCUCCAAUCACCGGAAUCGAUUUCCACCCCAGUUCAGGAUCGAUCGAUUUCUCAGAUCUGUUUUUAUCUUCUUCGGUGGACUGGACAGUCAAAUUAUGGAGAACCAAAGGUUCUUCUUCUACUUCUUCAACAACCAAUACGACAACAAGUAAAAACACGAAAGGAGAUAGGGGUUUGGGUUUGGGAAUUGGAUCGUUACAUUCAUUCGAAGAAGCUGAUGAUUAUGUGUUCGACGUUAAAUGGCAUCCUAAUCAUCCAGCAAUAUUCGGUACGGUCGAUGGAAAUGGGAAAUUCGAUUUAUGGAACUUGAAUCAAGAUGUUGAAGUUCCAAUGGUCUCCACGAAAGUUUCGAACGAGGCCAUCAAUAAAUUAUCAUUUGAUAAAUCCCCUCUAUUGUCGAAGAAGGUGGGAUUAGGUUCAUCAAAUGGGAAGUUAUAUAUAUAUGACAUAUCAGAGAAAUUAGUUCAGCCUAGAGAUAGCGAAUGGGUAGAAUUACAAAAGACCAUCCAGAGGUUGAUGGCUUCAAGGGAAGGUAGGGAUAGUAAUAGUACUUUGAAUAAUAAUCAUUUUGAUUUGACUGAUCAGACGAGGAGAUAUAGAUAG